AUGGAUUUAUGGGUGCUAGCAGCAGCAGCAGCUACUGAGGCUGCUUAUGUAGCAAAGUAUUGUUGGCAUAAAUGGCUUUUCAAGGAAGGUUUAUCAGAAUCGGUUCAUGUUCAUGGGCAAUCCCAGAUUCUUGGUGAUUCAGUAAUAGAUUCAGCUUCUGCUAGUGGUGGUGGUGAAGAGCAUUUGGCUCCAAAAGAGAUGAAAAAAACUGGGCAUAAGAUGGAGGAGCUGACUGAGUCUUCUGGUGAAUUGGUUUCUGAUUUUGUUGUGACAGGAAAAGCUGUGUAUUAUUUUCAUGAUAGACUAAAGAAAAGCAGAUAUCUUGGAAUUAAAUAUAAUGGGCAUUCUUAUAAAGCUCUGGAUUCUACAGAAAAUUGCUUUUUGGCUCAGGUGUUGUUGUACAGGGAACAUGCUAGAGUGGAAGAGGAUGUGGAUGGUUCAUGUGCAUCGUCAGCAUCAGCGUCACCAUGUGUUUUGACAAUGAGGCCAUUAUUGGUUAACAAUGGGAGGCAAGUAAUUGGCUUUGCAAGUGUUGAUUUCAAUGAGGUGUGGUUGGAGAGUGAGGAAAGAGAGCUUGAAAAGAAAUGUGGCUUGAAAGAGAAGGCCCGGCGGCGGUGGCAGAGGCAGAGGCAGAGGCAGAGGAGAUGUAGCAGCUCAACUACAUGGGUGUCUGGUAGACCGUUUCACUCACAAGGUUCAAAAUAUGGAAUGCUUCUUUUCCUUAUUGGAAUCACAAUUGGAAUAAUGUAUACUAUUAUUGCUCAUAAAAGAGAAGUUGACAAGUUAAAUGAGUCGCGGAAGCAGACGCAGAAGUUGGUUCAAGAUUUGCAUAAGGAGGAGGAGGAGGUAGAGAUGAAAGAUUCAUUGAACUUGAAGGAGCUCAGUAAUUUGGGUUUUGAGUUCCAGGGAACUGACCAGACGGUAGAUGAUGAUGCUGAAGCUAUGAGCAAAAUUGAGUCAGAGCUCCUAGCUGAACUAGAGCUUUUGGAACUAAACGUUAACACAUAUAGCUUAAGCAGAACACCAGAUAUUGUGGAGCUGGAUCCUGACUUUGUAGCAGGUGUUGUUGAGGAAGAUCUGAGACUUGACAAGGUCAAUUGGGAACCUGCUGGCAGUUCUUCAGACUCAGAUCAUGAAGAAGCUAUGUGCCCUAGGGAGCUGAGUUUGCGUCUGCAUGAGGUGAUCGAGUCAAGGCUUGAAGCACGUAUCAUGGAGCUUGAGACAGCACUUGGAGCUAGUCAAAAGAGGGGGCAUUCAAUGGAUUUUGAACAUGUAAAAUCUAAAAGGGACUUCAACGAAUUUAACAGAGACACACAACGAAGCUUAUGA